AAGGUCAAAACCCAAUCACGCUGCGCCGCAAGCAACAGCUACCGCCGAUACAAUUGACGUCGCAUAAAAAAAUAAACCGGAAAAGGGGGGAAAAGCCGACGCUAAGAGUCAAAACUCGGUCUUAGCUUGCACUUUACGACACUCGGAUUUGAGUGUAAAGCUGUGAAAUCACCCAAUCUAUUUGUAUCCCCACCUUCGACAAUAACCUCUCGCGCAACCAUGGUUUCAUACUCUCUUUGCCUUUCGUUUUAGGGUUUGACCCCACAAUCUCUCUUUGUUUUCAUGUACAACACUAGGAGAGAGCCCUGCUUCAGAGAGAGAAACCUUGAGAAGAGGAAGUAAAACAAAAAGGGUCUGAAGGAGCUUUUCCAGGUUUUGUUGAGCUCCAAAUAGAUGGGGGCUCUGGGUCCAGUCGUCCCCCCUUGGAUACCUGAAGAUGACCUCUUGUUGAAGAACGCUAUUGAGGCUGGUGCUUCUCUGGAAUCUCUUGCGAAGGGUGCAGUGCAGUUCUCUAGAAAAUUCACAGUUAGAGAACUGCAUGGUCGAUUGCAUUCUCUCCUUUAUAAUCCAGUUAUUUCUAAGGAGGCUUCAUCUCACAUGAUUGAGUCUGAAUGUUCUGCUUCUAGCACAGCAAACGAUAGCAAUAGUUUGCCUGGGAAGAGAAAGUCUGAGAGUGUAGGUAGUAGUUACGAUGCAUUGUGUAAAAGAAUUCGAAAUGAUCCCUUUAACUCAAUGGAUCCGAGUUUACUUGUUGAACCUAAUGAUAGCAACUCUAUUGGGCUUGAAGAUGAGCCUUUACCUGGAAAUCCAAUCUCAGAUCAUUUCGUGGUUCAAGAAACAAAUGUGAAUGUCAUGCAUUGUUCUUUUCCUCAAAUACAGGAAAGUCCUCAAAUACUUGGAGAGAAUCAAUUUCUUGUUGAGAGUGGCUCUGGUACAGAGGAAUUGCAAGAAUCCAAGGAAUUUUCUAUGCACAGUUUGCUAGAGAAUAAUGAUAAAGAGAAUAUUUGCUCUUGGUUUGAGGGUAACCAGAUCUUCAACUCAUUAAUUGUGGAGCAUGGUUUGUCAAUUUGGAGAACUGAUGAAGGCUUCUCUGCAUCAGCUAUUCCUGCUGAUGAUGGUCUUGGGCAAACAGUCCUUCACGGAGGAGAUAUAUGUGCACCACCCGGCGAUGGUGUUGCAAAGAGCAAUCAUGUAUCAGGACAUAAUGCUGUUGGUACAGAUUCCCAGAUUGAAUCAGAAAUACUAUGUGAGGCUUCAGAAAAUACAAUGGCUGAUACUGAAGGUUAUUUGAUGGAAAUAACCAAUACCCUUAUGAAUGAUGAACCUUUUUUAUUGGAUGCUGAUGCAAAAGAUGUGAUUGAUAAGUCUUUCUUUGAAGGCUUGCGCUCACUUUUGGCAAGUUCACCAAACAACGGUGAUCAAGAUCAGAUGACCGAAUCAAUGACAAUUGAAACUCAAGUUAAUCUUGCAAAAGUUUCUUGUUCAAGCCUCAGAGAAUCAGAUGAAGUUGCAGGAUCUCGCCCUGAGGAUGGGCCUGUCUCUUGCAAUUCAGAUGUCCUAAAUCUUUCUUCUUGCGCUUUAAACAGUGAGGAUCCGGAAAUUCCAUGCAAUGAAGAUGUUGACUUCCCCAAACAGCUAUGCUGAUUGACUGUUUCCUCAGCACGACACAAGGAACCUGGCAAUCCAUUAUCUGCAUGCAUGAAAGAUUUUUCUCGGGGUCAGAAAGCUAGUGAGAGAGGUCCCAUCCUGGUUCAGAGAGAUAAAAUAGAUCCUGGGCAAUCACAUGGAUCUUCUCAAAUAAAAGGAUCACAUAUGAUACCAAGUUGGUCAACUCCAUGCAGUAGUUAAAUGUGAGGAUUACCCGUGUGUAGCUCCUAGAGUUGAUGGUUUUCUAUCCAAUGCUUCAGCCCAAAGUAAUUCCAUUAAUGCUAGUGAUGGCACUUUCCCACCAACACUGCCAAAGGAAAAUAGUGAAGAAAAUUUACUGGGAAUGCAUACGAAUCAUAGUUCAGCUAAUUCUAUAACAGGGAAACAUGCUCUUUGUUCUGAUAACCACAACAGUUUCCCACUGGUGAAUCCUUCUUCCAUAAAACGAGAAGUGGAUGCUCUACAAACGAUUAUUUCUCCAGAACCAGUUACAUAUUGAAAGUGAUGAUAAUGUUCCUCAUUACUCAGUCGAUGACAAAGAUUUGUGUGAUCAGGAAGUUACAAAAUAUCAGCAUGUGGACAGAAUAAGAGCAAUUAUGAGGCUGGAACAGGCUUACCGUUCUUUCAUGCAGAGGGACAUUGCAUCCCAUGGAGCCUAUAAAGCCGCAAUUUCAAUCAUUAUUAUAUUAAGAAACAUGAGACUUUACUUGGUAGAACGACAGAAGAUUUCAUUGUUGACAUUGACUUGAGAAGACAAGGAUGUGCAAAUACAGUGUCAAGGCAGCAAGCAAUCAUCAAUAUGGAAGAAGAUGGAUCUUUCCAUCUUAAAAUUCUUGGCAAAUGCUUGAUAUGGAUAAAGGAGAAUAAAGUAGCUCGUGGGCAAAGCCUGGGCCUUAAAUCUGGAGAUGUGAUCCUGAUAAGGGGGAUCCCAUUAAUCUUCGAGACGAACCAGAAUUGUGUGAGGCAGUAUUUGAAUGGCGUGGCAGAAAAAAAGUUGAGCUCGGGAACCCCAUGUUAGAACUGUGCUGUAUGUGCAAUUUGGUCACCUUUGUUUAGUGGUAGUCUCAUGUAAUUACUAAUUAUAAGUUGGAAAGAAAUAGCUUUA